AUGAAUCACACCCUAAAGUUCAUCUUUCAGAUCUUUUUCUUUGUGGAAUUCAUAACAGGAAUUUUAGGAAAUGGAUUCAUAGCACUGGGGAACAUCUCUGGGAGGUUCAAGAGAAGAAAGAUCUCUUUGGUGGAUCACAUCCUCACUGCUCUGGCCGUCUCCAGACUCACUCUGCUGUGGUCAAUGGUCAUCAGUGUUACGCUAAACACAUUAUGCCCACAUUUGUUGAUGAAUUCAGAAAUGGUUAGAGUGAGUGUCAUUAUCUGCAUAGUGACCAAUCAUUUUAGCAUCUGGAUUGCGACCUGCCUCAGCAUCUUUUAUUUUCUCAAGAUAGCCAGUUUUUCAAACUCUCCUUUUCUUUACCUGAAGUGGAGAAUUAAAAAGGUGAUUUUAGUAACAUUGCUGGUAUCUUUGGUCCCCUUGGUUUUAAAUACUGUAGUUAAAGAAACAUAUGUUGAUUUUUUCAUUAGUGGGUAUAACGGACACACACCCAGUAAUUCUAUGCAAUUUUCCAAAGUUUCCUUAUUCACAAACUCAAUGUUCAUGCUUAUUCCAUUUAUUCUAUCCCUGAUAGGAUUUUACCUGCUGAUGUUCUCCCUGUGGAAACAUCACAGGAAGAUGCAGCAAAAGGCCCAAAUACCCAGAGACGCCAGUACCACAGCCCACAAGAAAGCCUUGAAAAUUGUCUUGGCCUUCCUGAUGCUGUAUGCUAUGUGCUUACUCAUCCUUGUCAUAAAAAUUUCCAGCUCUGAAUUGAUGGAGAAUGAUGUCAUCAUUUUAUGUGACUACACUUCUGGAAUAGCUUUUCCUUCAGGCAACUCGUUUGUCCUGAUCCUGGGAAACAACAAACUGAGACAUGUCACUUUAUCUGUGCCGUGGUGGUUGAGGUGCAAGUCCAAAGAUGUAGAAACCUUUGAUCCUUAA